GGAAACCUGAAGCUACUGGGUGGUGCUGUCAAGAAAUAAGAGACGAUAUUCAACAAAAGAGAUUCUGAACAUCACCAUGAAGCUGCUGACCGUGUCUGCACUUCUUUGUAUAGUGAUGGUUGUGACCAUUGGUGCUGGAGAGCAUCUUGUAUACAAGAAGCACUGGUAUUUGGGUUGGAGUAGAUAUGGAAACCGAUACUUCCGCUACUUUCCCUUUCGCUAUACUUGGGCGGAAGCUCAGAGAUACUGUCAGUUAAAGAAGGCAAACCUGGCAUCUGUACGCAGCCUUGGAGAGUACCGCAAGAUUCAGAGGGUCAUAUAUCGUUCCACUCACAGUUACCCAGUUACAUGGAUUGGAGGCUCUGAUGCUCAACAGGAGCGUUAUUGGUUUUGGAUUGAUGGAACUCCUUUUACAUACACAUACUGGUGUCGUGGAGAGCCGAACAAUGUUUGGCACAGAGAGCACUGCAUGCACAUGAACUGGACAGGACGGAAGUGUAUGAAUGACAAACCCUGUAACUACCGAUACCCAUUUGUCUGCGUCAGGAAAAGAAGAUAAUUCCUUGUCUGACAUGAAGCCAUAGUUCACCGAACAAAGAAGCAAAUAAUCUCAAUUACCCCAGAAGAAUCUGUUUUAUAUCUUUACUUCUUUUCUUUUGCUGUAACGCUACAUAAGGAAUGAAUGGGCAAGCGACAUAACCUGGAGCUGGAUUGUCUCUUUUAAUAGCAUCAAACUGAACGUGUAAUGGAAAGAAUGCUUUUAGGAAAACUUUAUUUCCCUGCAUGAACUCUUCUUUCUCACCUUUAUCAUUAAAAUCUUAA